UUCCUGCUCUCAUCCAAGUGAGUCAGACUGGGACGGGGGAGCGAGGACAGGCAGGCAGCCGGGUUAUCAGUCCGUUUCCUUUUGCUUGAGCACCGGUGGAGGCUGGAGAUGCUCUCUGGUAGACCGUCACCUCUCUCCAUCACUUCUGACACACUGACACUCUCCAGGAACAUGAGUGCCCCGGCAGCAAACCUGCACAGCAAACGCCUGCCAUCAGCGGAGCAGGAGCGCGGCCAGGCCCGUCCAGAGCUGGACGCAGCUCAGCACCUCCUGCUGAGAGACAGGCAGCGCUUCUUCGAGGAGGUUUUCCAGCACGAUGUGGACGUCUACCUGUCCUCUACACAUCUGUCCAUCAGAGACUACAAGAGAACCCCGAUCGGCAGCGUGUCCUCCAUGGAGGUGAACGUGGACCUGCUGGACCAGAUGGAGCUGAUCGACCUCUCGGAUCAGGAGGGCCUGGACGUCUUCUACAGCUCUGCAGGCGAAGACGGAGCGCUGACCUCCCCACGGCCUGGAAACAGCAGCAGCGAGGAGCCCCUCAGUAAGGGACUCCUUCGGCGUGUCCUCGAGAGGCCUGAGGGCAAGUCCCGCGUGUCUUCCACAUCCUCUGAUUCCUCCUGUGACAGCCAGAGCACCGACGUGGCCAGGGGAGACACCCCUCUGCUGGGAUCAGACACCGAGGAGACGCAGAGCGGCUCGGUCCACCGGACAGCCCCGUCUGCAGAGAGGGAGGAGCGGUCUCUGUCCUCCUAGGGUGCAGCGUCCGGACCCCGGAGCUGCUCCUGCAGCGGACUGGGGAGCUGUCUCUGUCCUCCUAGGACCCCGGAGCUGCUCCUGCAGGGGACGCCGCGGUGACGCCUCCGCCAGAGCAUCACACUGGUGGGACUCACGAGCUGAGGCCUCAGCCCCUUCUCCGGAGUUACCGGAACCAUGAAUUGCAGGUUGUGUUUUGGAAGUUAGAGUCAAGAACUGUAAAAGCAUUAUAGAGGGUCUGCAUUGACGUCACUUCCCCACUGGACCAGCCCCCUUACUCACACUGAGUGGCAAAACAUCAGCAAAAACAGCUGCAACUAAUGGAGAAGACGGGAUAACAGCCGAUUAUGGGCUUAAAUUAAAGGCAGUUGGACUUGACAGUGACCCGUACAGUUACCAAGAACCAGUGGUCCAUGGACAUUAAUAUUUGGUACAGUUACCAAGAACCAGUGGUCCAUGGACAUUAAUAUUUGGUACAGUUACCAAGAACCAGUGGUCCAUGGACAUUAAUAUUUGGUACAGUUACCAAGAACCAGUGGUACAUGGACAUUAAUAUUUGGUACAGUUACCAACAACCAGUGGUCCAUGGACAUUAAUAUUUGGUACAGUUACCAAGAACCAGUGAUCCAUGGACAUUAAUAUUUGGCCACGAAUCCAGUUUCCUGAUAUUUAUAUGUACUUAAUUUCUACGUUGGGGAAAUACACGAAGCAAAGCUUGAAGGCUUACAAAAGUCUUGAUGCUUGGUCCUACUUCAAGGCAGGAUUUGUUGUAGAAAUUAAAGUGAUGAGGACACUGAACUUUAUGAUUUGACCGUUUAACGUUAGCUACCCAAAAAUCCAACAUUACCUGAUACUAAAUGGGAACCACAAAUCCACGUUUCGGUGCCUGGAAUCCAGUUGUUUCUGUGAAUUGCAGCGAUCCAUUUGUCUCUCUUAAGCUUAUUUUUCAGCAGUCUGUAAAAUGAUAACUAUGAUUUCUUGCUAAAUAUAUGAGUUCAGUCGAUCGCACAACAGCUCUUUCCCAUUUUAGAUGUUUUCCAGUUGCUCAAACUGAAAGUUUACGCUGACACUCAGUCUUUCUGCCACUCAGUCUUUCUGACACUCAGUCUUUCUGACACUCAGUCUUUCUGACACUCAGUCUUUCCGACACUCAGUCUUUCUGACACUCAGUCUUUCUGCCACUCAGUCUUUCUGACACUCAGUCUUUCUGACACUCAGUCUUUCUGCCACUCAGUGGGCGUAACCCACUGUGAAGUUCCAUCUGUGACGUCAUGCAUAUUCCCUCUAUUCUACAGAUUGGUUUUCCUGACUUUGACCCCUCGGACUCAAGGAUGGUCACUUGUCUUUACAGCAUUAACACAAGCCAGAACUGAGAAGCAAUACAUGAACUAAAAACACUUUAACUCUUUUUUUUUUUUUUUUAACGGUACUUGCCGAUCACGAUGCCUUUAUUCUGUUUCUGCAAACGUUCUUUUUUCUACCCUUAAUUUAUGUCUCGUUUUAUACGACGGAGUAUUAGGGCCAAACAAAAAAACCAAAAAAAGGAAAUUACGAGAAUAAAGUCAUAAUGUAAUGAGAAUAAAGUCGUAAAAUUACGAGAAUAAAGUCGUAAAAUUACGAGAAUAAAGUCAUAAUAUUACGAGAAUAAAGUCGUAAAAUUACGAGAAUAAAGUCAUAAUAUUACGAGAAUAAAGUCGUAAUAUAUUAUAAAUAUAUAAAUAUAACUUCACAAGAUGCUCAAUAUUCCUCAUUUUAAC